AUGUGCUCCCGCCAGGACAAGGACCAGUGCCACCGACAGGAGCAGUCCUCAUGCCACAGCAGUGAGGGGUGUGGAGGGGGCAGCGGGGGCUCUGGGUGCCAUGGGAGCAGUGGAUCCAGGUGCCAUAGCAGCAGUGGUGGGUUUGGAUGCCAUAGGAGCAGUGGAUCUGGAUGCCACAGGAGCAGUGGAUCCGGAUGCCAUGGGAGCAGUGGAUCUGGAUGCCAUAGGAGCAGUGGAUCUGGAUGCCAUGGGAGCAGCGGGGGAUCCUGCCAUGGAAAGCCACAAGAUUGCCAACAGCAAAUUUAUCAAGUAUCCUCAAAUAUGAAGUGACCAGAAUAUUACCUGCUGUCCUGCACAAGUUCAGGAAUCAUUGCAUGUCUCCCAGCACUCAUAAAACAU